ACUGGGGCAAUCCCACAUGCUCUUGCAUCAUUUGCCCCCACUAUAAAGAUUGGAAAUGUGCGCAUGUACCACUACAGUCGUGUGUGUCGUCCCUGUGUUCCUAUUGGCUGCUGCCUCCAGCCUCCGCUGCACCGGCCUCUGAGGGCGCAGAGCCACAGCGCGUGUGCGACAAACGUCAGCGGCUUCACGGAGCAGCAGCAGCAGCAGCAGCAGCAGUUUCAUCUCCACGGUGAAGCCGGUCUCAGCCUCUUCACUCCACACACACCCACACACACCUCCACGCUGCUCCCAACACUCAGACAUGGAGAAAACCAGUGAGAUCAACGGACACACCGUGACCAACUCCACAGCCUCCACGGCGUCCACGGAGCACAUGGUGGAGGAGGAGAAGAGCGCGCAGGAGAAGAUGAGGAGCAGGUGCAUGGAGAAGGCGCUGGACUGCCUGAAGAAGAACCUGCUGGUCAUCAUGACCGUGUCCGGCGUGCUGGUGGGCGUCGGGCUGGGCAUGCUGGUCCGGAACAUGGACCUGACCAAGGCGCAGAUGACUUACUUCGCCUUCCCCGGAGAGAUGCUGCUGAGGAUGCUGAAGAUGAUCAUCCUGCCGCUGGUGGUCUGCAGCCUCAUCUCCGGGGCUGCCAGCUUGGACACCCGCUCCCUGGGCAAACUGGGGGGCAUCGCUGUCGCCUACUUUCUGGUGACCACUCUGAUCGCCUCCAGUAUCGGGGUGGCCCUGGCUUUCAUCAUCAAACCCGGUGUGGGGGCUGGGGGCCUGAACUCCAACAGUCUGGGACUGGAGAGCGUCUCCAGUAACAAAGAACCCGUGGACUCCUUUUUGGACUUGGCCAGGAAUUUAUUUCCUGCUAACCUGGUGGCCGCAGCCUUCCGUUCGUACGCCACGGACUACAAGAUGGUUGCUGUGGGGAACAACAACAACAACUGGACCACCCUCUAUCAAAGGGUUCCCUACGGUACCGAAGGUGACGGCAUGAACAUCCUGGGUCUGGUACUGUUCUCCAUGGUUUUUGGCGUGGCCCUGAAGAAGCUCGGAGCAGAGGGAGAGGAACUCAUUCGCUUCUUCAGCGCUUUCAACGAGGCCACCAUGGUGCUGGUGUCCUGGAUCAUGUGGUACAUACCCUUUGGGAUCAUGUUCCUGGUGGGCAGUAAGAUCGUGGAGAUGGAGGACGUGGUUCUCCUGGUCACUAGUCUGGGGAAGUACAUCUUCGCCUCCAUCCUGGGUCACAUUAUCCACGGGGGCAUCGUCCUGCCUCUCAUCUACUUCGGCUUCACUCGAAAAAAUCCUUUCAGUUUCCUGUCGGGACUCAUCACACCGUUCACCACGGCCUUCGCCACCUGCUCCAGCUCAGCAACUCUUCCGUCCAUGAUGAAAUGCAUUGAAGAGAACAACGGCGUGGACAAACGCAUCAGCCGCUUCAUCCUCCCCAUCGGCGCCACCGUCAACAUGGACGGCGCCGCCAUCUUCCAGUGCAUCGCGGCCAUCUUCAUCGCCCAACUCAACAACGUGGAGCUGAACGCUGGACAGAUCUUCACCGUCCUAGUGACCGCUACAGCGUCCAGUGUCGGAGCGGCAGGAAUCCCCGCAGGAGGAAUCAUCACCAUCGCCAUCAUCCUGGAGGCCAUCGGCCUGCCGACCAACGACCUGUCCCUCAUGUUGGCUGUGGACUGGAUUGUGGAUCGAACCACCACUGUGGUCAACGUGGAGGGCGACGCUCUGGGCGCAGGAAUCCUCCACCACAUCAACCAGAAGGAGAUGAAGAAACAGCAGCAGCUGCAUCAGCAUCUGGAGGAAGAGCUGGCUGAGGUGAGGGUGGAGGCGGUGGCCAACACCCGCGAGGGCCAGGAGACCUCGCCGCUGGUUCUUCAUCAACUAAAGGAGGGGGAAGGCACACCAGAGGAUAUCGAGUCUGUCCUGUGAACUGGGAAAGAUCUAGAUCCUUCUUCCUGGUCCUGUCACCUUUGAUAUUGUCGUUGCCUGGACAAAUGUCUCACUCAGAGUCGAAAAAAAAGCCUAAACUAAUGGUUUUGUUUGUGAGGAUGAAGAAGUGCCAUAGUGACAGCGACGGGGCAUUUGCUGCUACUGUCCACAAGAGGUCACAAUAAGCUAAUUAGGACGUUAACACUAAAAUAGCAUUGAAUUUACAAUUAAAGUAGAGCGCCCCCAUGAUUUAAAUAUGUUUUUAAAUCAUCUUAAACAUUCCCAUAAACCGUUGUUUUGUUUGUGUCCACGGAGAUGCACGUUGUCAACAUGUCGUACAGUUGGAGCAGUUUAAAGUGCAUUUUUUUCCUAACCUUUUUUUUAAUCUAAACCCCCCAAAAAUAUGAAGUAUUUUUGCUAAAUCUGAACGGUCAAAGUAUCCACGACAGGUUGCGCUUAAUUACAUGUUCUGGAAAGAACCGGAAUGUUUGGUGGAGCCAUAACUGUCCUGUAAAAGUUCAACAGCAGUGGGAUCUGUCACGGUCCAUAAAGUUGUUUUCAGUCUGAGCUCAGGCCUCACAGUGAUGUCAAACAUUUAUCCUUCAGGUUGGAGUUUGACUUGUCUUCAAAUCAAGUCCUGCGACCUUGGAACCAGGUCUGUCGACGUGCUGCCCCUUUAACAGACUCGGUCUUGCUAAAAUAGACGACAUGUGCAAUAGUUACAACAAUUAUUGCUACAUUUUCUCAAAAAUACUUUUUGAUACAUCAGUAUUUGGUACUUUGUGUCUCAGUACAAGUUGGUGAGACACAUGAGUGGAACUAAAUUUCAACAAGUCGUUGUCUGUCGGAUCGUCAACGCACCAGUUCAUCCUUGCGACUGUUUUUGCCCCCGUCUGUUUACUGUUUACCAAACCCGACGGUUUAGUAAACACAGGACCAAAUACAUUUUCAAUACACUUACUACAUCUACACGUGCUUAGUCAUUAUGGUCUUGCGGGACCUCCUGUUUAUCACAGUACUCCAAAGCCCUGUUGUUAUCCUGGUGCUCUGCUUCUCAAAAGAGAAUUGUGUUUAAAAAAAAAACCAAAUAACCAAACGGUGAAUCUCACUGUGGUUUCUUAACUCAAAAGUCUAAAAAAAGUCUGCGUGCCAAUAACACCUACACUCUCGAUUUCUAGUCGCUUGCUAAAUUAGCAUUUGUGCACCAGAUAGGCCAUAGGAUUUGUUAGCUUUGUUUUAUUUUGCUAACUAGCUUAAUUACUACAACUAACUUUGGUUCAGCCUUGUCAAAUAAUUUCGUAGUUAACACAAACGUCUCCUUAAAAAAAAAAAAUUACAAUCGUAGUGAUUUAUGCCACUGGCCUUGUUUUCACAUGGUUCUUAAUUUCAGUCCCUCAGUGUCUUGGUCUCAGUCUUGAUACUAUUUUCAAUGGACUUUUUUUAUAUAUUAACAUAAACAUUGACACUAAAUGGAGUUAUUACAAAAAUAUGUGUGUGUAAAAAUGUAAUGCAUUUUUAAUUAUAAUCUGUGAAAAAACUUUAACAAUAAGUUUAUGUUGUCACUAUCUUUCUUUGGAUCCACGUUCUAAGACUUCAGUUUAUUAAAGGGGCCUCUGCUGCCCUCUAGUGGAGAGAGUUAUUAAUGUCAAAAAAGUGGAAAAGGAAACGUGAACGUGGUUGCACCUUGGGGCGUUUGUGUCUCUUAGUUCUUGAAUGCUGUAUUGUAUUUAUUUGAUCAUUAGUUUUCACUGAGUUGAACCUGUGUUGAUGACUUGCUGCUCAUCGUGAUGUGACGACCAGGCUUUAGAUGUUGAUCGUGGUGCAUCUCUCAGAGCUUCAGCUUGAAUGCCUGGACAUUUGCGACAUGAGCCUUUU